AUGAAGUUCGGGAAGAGCAUAUGCGUGCUUAAUGUGGGGGGAACCCGGUACGCCUUCACUCGUGAGGUGAUCAGGGAUUUCCCACUCCGACGCGUCAGCCGCUUACAUGCCUGCGCGACCGAGAAAGAGGUCCUAGAAUUGUGCGACGACUACGACCGGGACCGGAACGAGUUCUUCUUCGACCGCCAUGCGCAAGCUUUCGUGUUCAUAAUGCUGUACGUGCGCUCCGGCAAACUCCGGUUUGUCCCCGGAGUCUGCGAGCUAUCCUUCUACACCGAGAUGCUGUACUGGGGGCUGGAGACCGCGCACCUGGACUCCUGCUGCCAGAAGCGCCUGGACGAGAGGAUGUCCGACAUCGGGAUGGACAGUCUCUCAGAGGGGGACAUCGUACUGUCCGGGGAUGAGUGCCUGACUCCGGAGGAGACGGUGCAACAGAUUGAGCUCACCGGACGCGCCAAAUGGCUGGAGAGGAUGCGCAAAACCUUCGAGGAUCCUAAUUCUUCCCUGGCGGCGCAGCUUCUGGCUUCGGUGUCCGUGAUUUUCGUGAUUGUUUCUAUGAUCAUGCUGUGUGCCAGCACGCUGCCGGACUGGGAUACGGCUAAGAAGACUACCGUGGAAGAGCACAGGAUAGUGGAGGCCGUGUGCAUCGGCUGGUUUACAGCUGAGUGCAUUGUGCGCUUUCUGUUGGCCAGAGACAAGUGCGACUUCAUCCGCCAUCCGCUGAACAUCAUCGACGCGAUUGCCAUUACCCCCUACUAUGUCACCAUGGCAAUGGCCGAAGCUGGGAUGCCGGGUGCCGGGCUCGGGGUCGCUGGAGUGAUACUGCGCGUGCUGAGGAUGAUGAGAGUGUUCUGGCUCAUGAAGCUGGCCAGACACUUCCUGGGCCUGCAGACUCUGGGGCUGACGCUCAGGCGCUGCUACAGGGAGAUGGUGAUGCUCAUGGUGUUUGUCUUCGUGGCCAUGGCGAUAUACAGCGCCCUGGCACAGCUGCUGGAGCACGGCUUGGACUUGGACUCGCAGAACCAGGACUACGCCAGCAUCCCGGCUGCCGCCUGGUGGGUCAUCAUCUCCAUGACUACAGUCGGGUACGGGGACGUGUAUCCUGUGACGAUUGGGGGACGAGUUCUCGGAGGGAUGUGUGUUGUGAGCGGGAUUGUUCUCCUGGCUCUGCCCAUCACUUUCAUCUACCACAGCUUUGUUCAGUGCUACCACGAACUGAAGGUCCGCUCCGCUAGAUACGCACGAAACGUGUCUUCAGAGAUGCUGCAGUGAACCAAAUCAGACGCAAACACAGCAAACCAGAGGAUCUCCUUGUGAAAUAACCAACAGUGUGAACUGCCCUGUCUCCUGGCUUUGGCACACUGCAAAAACACAAAGUCUUAUCAAGUGUUUUUGUUUUGUUUCCAGUUAGAAUAUUUCAGAAGACAACUAACUUACAAGUAACUUUUCAUUCAGAUCUAUGAGCUUGUUUUAAGACAAUAGUUCUCUAAUAUUGAUUUUUUAAAAAGUACACGUUCCAUUGGCACAUUAUUGAAUUUAUAACAUGAAAGAAUUGUCUUAUUAUGAGUGAGAAAAUCUGUCAGUAGAACCAGUACUGUUUAUUUACUUAAACCCAAUCCUAUAUCUUAAUGAAAGGGUACUUGUAAGUCAGUUUCAUCUGACUUCAAGUGUACAAAUAUAUUUGCACUAGAGGCUAGACAAAAAAAGAUGUUGUGUUUUUGCAGUGCAGCAUUCAAUAUUGUUGCUCUACAUCAGUGGUGUCCAAACGUUUUGCUCUGGGCGCCAAAACUGGCUAAUUUAAACCACUCAAAGCAUACAAAAUCCAUUAAAUUAAAGAUGUAAAAUGUAGUUAAUUGUGACUUUUUUUUUUACCUGUACUUUUUUUUAAGGAAAUCUGUAAAUCAUUAGAGAUACAAAACAUGUACAGGGUUUCAGAUUGUUGCCUUAUUGACAGAAAAAUCUUUUUUUUUUUUGGAUAAUCAAUUCUUUUCUGUUUUGUUUGACAAAUCUGAACCUUUCUUGAGGCCACAAGUGGCCCCCGGGCCACACCUUCCUCCACAUAGUCCCUGUCUCCAGCAGAACCGAUUAUAACUGACCAGCAAACAAAGUGAAGUAAUCAGUAUCUUACCUGCAGAGAGGCAGAGAGGUUCAGAGUACAGAUUUUCAAAAUAAAAGUCAAAAGGUAUCCCCUUUUCCUGUUUUUGUUUUUUGUACAUUUAAAUCUCUCAGAUCCUAAAAAUAAUUUUAAUUUAAAAGAUAACCUGAAUGCAAAAAAAAAAAGUUUUCUAACAGGGUGAGAGAGCUACCUAUACUCACACCCCAUAAACCUAAUACUUAGUCCUUGGCAGCAACAACUCCAUCACAGUAAUUGACGAUGAGUCUCUGAUAUUGCUUUGAGGGAAUUUUGAAUUAUGAACUUCCUGUUUAUGUUCAGCAUCUCAGUCAGAUUUAAGUCUAAACUUUGACUAGGCCACUACAAUCACACUGCCACCACCAUGUUUGACUGCUAAUAUGAUGUUCUUUUUCUCAGAUUCUCUGUUAGUUUUACAGCAGGUGUAAUAGGAUGUACACCUUUCUAAAAGUAUUUCUUUGAACAUCUCAAUCCCCAGAUUUUUGGGAUUAUUUUUCUACAAUUUUUGGAGAUCAUGAAGAGAUCAUAGUUUUUGUUUCUUUGUAGUUUUUCUUCAUCAGUGAUUUUACCAUCUUAUUCGUUUCUUUCUUAUUGUUGAAUCAUGGAUUCUGACUGUAGCUGAAGCAAGUGGAAAUAAAUUUUUCUCACCUGCC